AUGUUGGUUGAUCCAAGUAGCUCGGCAAAUAUAAUCCGAUCGAGGGUCGUGGAACAGCUCGGCCUCCAGGAUCAAAUCGUUCCUGCAGCUCGGGUUCUCAACGAUUUCAACAUGGUGAGUGAAACCACCAAAGGGGAUAUCAUUUUGCUGGUAAACAUAGGCAGGACUAUCCAUGAAACGAAGUUCCAUGUAAUCGAUGGUGAUAUGAGAUACAACGCACUACUCGGAAGACUUUGGAUUCAUAAUAUGAGGGUUGUACCUUCAAUGCUUCAUCAGGUCUUGAAAUUCCCAAAAUCAGAAGGAAUCAAGACGGUGUACGGUGAACAACCCGCAGCCAAACAGAUGUUUGCGAUUGAUGAAGUAAUACCAGUAUUGGCACUAUCAUAA